GGUGGCUUGUGUCAAACCAGGCUCACAAUUAACCUCACACUGACUUUCCGCUCGGUCGUCCUGCCGUCGGUGGUGACAGGUGACAGUCGUCGUCGAUGUCGACGCGCAGCUCGACAUGUGACGUUACGCGCCGACGACGUUACGCGCGAGGUCUAGAGGAAGCGAGCGACGACGACGUUCCGAGACUGUGCGAGACUGUACGAGAACGGAGCCGUCGCGGCGUGCACGAGAUCGUACGCGCCGCCGUGCCGACGACGACGUCGCCGCCGCGGCUCACCGCUGCUCGACCGUCGACGGACAUAGGUAUCGCAUCGCGGCGAAAUGUCCAGCGCCAAGGUCAUAGAGAAUCCAGAAGUGCCGGGACUUGAAUGCUUCCUGCCGCCGCCGCCACCACCACCACCGCCGCCUCCGCCGCCACCGCCGCCACCCCCGCCGCCCAAGUUAUCGUCGAGCAGCAACAUGCCCACAACGACCCCGCAGCAACAACGAUCGGCGACAACGAGCGACAAUGCGAUGGCCACGUGCGCGCCGGUGGCACCGCCGUCGGACGCGAUGCCGCCGAACCUCGGUGGCGGAUACCCGAGUGUACCUGUGCCAGCCCCCUACAUCUCCGGGUUUCCAACGGUGCAACCGCAAACCCCCGGUCAAUCGGCCGGUACUCCCUGGUGGAUGUCCACCGACAACGAUACGCCGGACAUUUAUACCCAGUGGUAUGAAUACAAGGGCGCUGCCCCGGCUAUGCCGCCCGCAGCUACGCAGGCCAUGACGAAAAGCAAGAAUAAAUAUUACAAACGCAAGAACGAAUUUAUCGACCCCGCGCAGGACGCAGAGAAAGUGGCGAGCGCUCAGAGGGAACUGUCGGCGCUGAUGAAACCGCUGAAAUGCGAUUUAUGCAACGCAGUCAUGAACUCGACGCUGCAAGCGAAAUUGCAUUACGACGGCAAGCCUCAUCAGAAAAAAGUGUCGAUGUUCCUCAAUCAAAGCGUUAAAAAGCAAAAGACGGAAGACGGCCAAGUGAGCAGCACGACCAAUAACGACUGGCAAAACUACUGUGAUAUAUGCAAAACGUGGUUCACGUCGCAGACAGACGCCACGCAACACUACGCCGGCAAAAAGCACAUUAGAGCGGCCAACGGUGGACCACGUAGACCGUCGAAGAAGCCGCAGAAUCAGUACAAUCAGAUCGACUCGACCGGACGCUUCGGGUUAGGAAUGACGUUUCAGACGGACGCGCAACAACCCGUGCCCACAGUAGCACCCGUGAUAACCGAUGUCACCACGCCGGUGCCAAAUACGGUCGCACCGGCCAUGUACGCAUCGCCGCCAUAUCCCACGCCGUUACGUUGCGACUUGUGCGGAGUCUCGGCCAAUCGGCAGGAUCAGCUGGAAACGCACAAGCGUGGAGCCCGACAUUUGAGGAUGCUACGGCUUAACGGGCUUCCUGUGCCUGAACCUGUGGCCGAAAACGAGAACAUGCCCGGCGCCGUCGAACCUAUAGAUUACUCUAUUUAUCGGACUCCAUCAGGACAGUAUUAUUGCGCGCCAUGCAAUCUGUCGCUGAACUCGGAGACCACGUUCGCUCAGCAUGUCGAGAGCAAGAAACACAAAAAUCAAUCUAACCCGAAGUUACCAAAUGCCGUGGUGGUCGCGAAGAAAGCCCGAUUCAAGAAAAAAUAAAACCGCGACUACGUCAUUACGCUUCGUGCAACGCCACAGCAUUCCGGCUGUUUUCUCUCUUUCAUGUUUUCCGUUUCUGUCUGUCCAUUGUUUCUUUCAUUUACAACCUCGCGCUCGUUCCCGAUUUCCGUGGAUGCGCUUGACUAUUUGCGAAUGUACGACGGUGUGAGCUCCAACGAUCGUCGCGCAUUUGCGUCAAUGUGUAAUAAAUCCUGUUCCUUUCGA